CUCUGGAAUCCAAUGUGUCUGCCCACUUUGAGAAUUUUGUCCCUUAUUACCUGCUUCUCAAACAUCCUGUUUCUUUUGGACAUGGACCACGUGUCUCGCAGGCUGAGAGCUUUCCUCUCUGAACCCAUCGGAGAAAAGGAUGUUGCCUGGGUGGACGGGAUCAGCCAUGAGCUGGCGAUCAACUUGGUCACCAAAGGUUUCAACAAGGCUUACGUCCUGUUGGGACAGUUCCUCCUGAUGCACAAGAGGGAAGCCGAGUUUCAGAAGUGGCUCAUCUGUUGCUGCGGAGCCACCGAGUUUGAGGCCCGGGAGUGUUCCAACUGCCUGAAGGAAUGGUGCGCCUGCUUCCUGUAG